AAAAUCAAAUAAGAUAUCAGUAGCUUUACAAAAUCCAUACGCGAUAGAUGAUACACGCUGCUGCUGAGAGGUGUCAAAAUAAAUAUGCGCUAUUAGAGCUUUCGCGCGAGGAAUACGGAGUUUUUUUUCUCAGUAGUUUGUACAACUGUUGCCAGUGAAAACGAAGACGCGUUUGUGGGUGCGUUAUACUCUCGAGAUCGUUUGUUCUUUUCCGUGAGUGAUUUUGAAACGCAGCGUCCGUCGCAUUUGGGAGUGAUGAAUUUACGCCGUCGUGGUUCGCAGUGUCACAUCAAGAUAGCGCGCGCGUUUGACCGCAAUUGUGGCCCGUUCCGGUUGCAAUAAAGUUGCAAUCAAUGCAAACUUCUUAGGGAGUGGUGUUUCGAAGUGUUUCGUAAAUAUUGUAGUUAUCAAAGUUGGGAAACAAAACGAGAAACAAAUGUAUAGUGUUCAGAGCGUGCAGCAGUGACAAAAGUGACCAUUUAAUUUGGAUUAACAUUACAUUUGAACCCCGCCCCGACUAGCGCGAGGAGAUACUGAAGGUUGAAGGGGCCAGUGGCAUCGCGCGAAAAUAUGGAGCGUUCUGUUCAGUGCUGUGUUUAAGGUUACUUUGAAUCGAAUCUGUGCCGUGCAGCUUAUUACAGUGAAGAAAGUAGUGCCACACCAUUGGUCCAAAAUUGCACCAAAUACAAACAAUCUGGCGGUGGUUAGACAACCAUCAAUGGCCGUUGGGCCACCGACGGGAGGAUCCGGAAAUCCUCCGCAAGCACCAGUCCAACCACAUCCGAUUCUAGCGCCGAGUCCGCUGUUUGCCUUACCGACACUGAACUUUACCGCAUCCCAGGUCGCGACCGUUUGCGAGACGCUGGAGGAAUCCGGUGACAUCGAGCGGCUGGCUCGGUUCCUAUGGAGUCUGCCGGUGGCUCAUCCGAACGUUUCGGAGCUGGACCGCUCCGAAGCCGUGCUGCGGGCUCGAGCCAUAGUUGCGUAUCACACGGGACACUUCAGGGAGUUGUACUCGAUAUUGGAGCGCCAUAAAUUCACCAAGUCGUCACAUGGAAAGCUACAGGCUAUGUGGCUGGAAGCGCACUACCAUGAGGCAGAAAAACUACGCGGACGACCGUUGGGCCCGGUCGAUAAGUAUCGCGUCCGGAAAAAAUUUCCGCUGCCCCGGACAAUCUGGGACGGCGAGCAGAAAACCCACUGCUUCAAAGAGCGAACCCGGAGUCUGCUAAGAGAGUGGUACCUGCAGGAUCCAUACCCCAACCCGACCAAGAAGCGAGAGCUGGCGCAGGCCACCGGCCUUACACCGACACAGGUGGGAAAUUGGUUUAAAAAUAGACGCCAGCGAGAUCGGGCUGCGGCGGCCAAAAAUAGACACAAUCAACCUCCGCUGUCAGGAUCGGGCGCGACCUCGCUGACUCCUCGCCGAGAUGACGCGCCACUCUCGCCAAACGACACUGAUUCCGAUUCGGACAUCUCGCUGGGUACGCAUUCACCCAUUCCGAGUAUGUCGUUACAACACAGUCCUAGCUCGCAGCCCGAGGAUAAGGAUUUCCGUAGUUUCGCAUCGCUGCAUUCUUUCCGUUUUGGAGAUCAUCUGACGGGGGGAUUUUUACCUGGCUCGUUCAACAACAGAUUCAUGCCUUAUCGUCUCGGGGACAACUCGCCCCCGAUUAAUACUCACUCACCUCCAAUAAGCUUAACACAUCUUCCAAUCACCCCGACCGUGCUCCGGCCGCAACCUCAUUUACCGCCUACACUCUCGGUAACCGCGCCGUCGGCCACAACCACCUCGAUGAGUGAAUCUCCUAACAGCAAUAGUAGUGCCACUACCGGGUCCAUUAGUGGGCUGGUGGCAGGCAGCAAUAACGCUGGCACCAGUGCAUCACUGAUGGCGCCAAUGUCUCCGCUGAGAAUCCGCGUCAGCUCGCCGUCGCGUCUCAACUCGGAUCUGCUGCACAGCGCUUCGCAUCAUCAGAGCCUCAUGAAUGGUCUGAACGCGAGCGGAAUCGUGCGGAUCGUUCCUAACACAACGACCAGUCUCAUCCACCGACCAUUUUCGCCAUCGCCCAAACCGAAGGAAGCGUCGUGAUAAAAUCCACCGUCGCAACAUCCGCCAUUUGUUCGUUCCGAGCGCGCGAAUCUCUCAGUAGUUGGUUAAUGUAGUGAAAAGAAUAGCAGAGCUAGAGCAACAGUUAAGUAAACUAAACACAAAUUUGAUGCUCUGAAAACCUUGUUACUAAUGCCAUAUAGAUGAAGCAAAAUUGGUGUUUUCAGGCGAAACAUAUUUCUACAAUCGAAACAAUCGCUUUAGUAAAUUAAAUUUACUUUAAAUCUCUGGCAAAAUAACGUCAUAUUUAUUUCAUAAUUUUUUUUUUGUUCCAUUCGUUGCUACAUAAAGCUAGCGGACGAAGUUUACGCAUCUAUAUAAACAAAGUAACCAUUAAUAUAACAUUCCUUUGUGUGUUGGGCGGAUCAAUAUCAAGUAAAACACUAACACUGCUGCGAAACGCAACACGCAACAAACACACACACGGAGGCGCACAUGCGUAGUAAAUUCCAACAUCGUCUGGUAGCACUGCAAAACUGUGCAACAAUUUCCCCUGCCGACGCAACACACACAGGAAGUAAUUACAUCGCACAACACAUACCGCAUCCCGGCGGAAUGAUAGACAGAGAUAGAAACAGAGAGAGAGCAAACCAUCUCCUGGGGCUCAAACUUCUGAGUAUAAUUUGUUCAUAGUCAUUAAUGUAAAGGAGUACGACUUUUCAAGUCACUAAAAUCAAUGAAAAUGAGUGCAUGGAAGGUUAAUUUAAGGAUAGCAGAAAAUAUUUAAAGAAAAUUUAAUAUAAAGCAUACUAUCGUAAAACUAAUGAAUAUCACACAAUGCGGUACUCGGACAGAGAAAGAGAGAAAAUCAUAUGCUAAGGGUGAAGCACACGACUAAUGCAGGUAAAGUCGGCGAUGAAAUCUAAAACAAUAACACUUUAGCUGCAAAAAACAAUAGCGCAAAAGAUAAAUUGAUCUAAAGUAAAACUAAUUACUACCGGCAGCAUACCAGCGCUGAUGAGACGAAAUAAAUUCUCCCCAUUUGUUUUUAUACAUUUAGUUCAUCAGAAACAUUUAAAACAAAGACGAACCAAUUUCCGUACGUAACAACGCUUCUUGUGAGGAAAAAAACUCAUGCACCCACAAAAAAAAACAUAGUAGAAGAGCAACAAAAUCCUUUCAGUCGUCAAUGGCAGACAUUGAGUAGUAGAGCUAAAAAUAAACGCAAGUAGCAGGUGCUAGUAGGAAAAAUUGUAAGCACACACAUUAAUAACACACAAGAUACCUUCGAGUAGACUGAAAGAAACCUGAAACCAGGCAGCCAGGAGUGAUGAUAAAACAGCAACACUUUCCGCAGAAGCAACUCUCUUGACGCGAGGAAUCACAAUCGCUGCUGCAUCAGUAAAAAUAAGUACCAUUGCACAAAGUGGACAGAGAAUUGAACAAAUUUAACUUUACUGUAAAUAAAAUUCUGCAAUCAAAUUAUAUUAAUUAUGACG